ACUUACUUAACAGAGACUAUAUAUUCACCACUACACAAACACUUCACACAUCAAAACCCUAGCAAGAGUUUAACUCCGUAUCCAUCCAUGGCCAGCACCGAAUUCACGUUGGUUUCACCAGCAAUUGACAAUGAAGGGAAGGGAAAACUACCCAGAUACUGCACGCAAGAAGGUCUUGGCUCAAAGUGGGACAUUUCUCCUCCACUGGAGUGGUACAAUUUGCCUCCCGAAACCAAGAGCAUGGCACUUGUGGUGCAGGACAUUGAUGCGGUGGAUCCGACGGGUAACCCGGUGGCUCUCACCCACUGGGUGGUGGUGAACAUUCCGGUGAGUGUGAAAGGACUUCCUGAAGGGUUCUCUGGGAAGAAGGAGGAAGUGGGUGGAGAGUAUGAGAAGAUUGAAGAAGGGGUUAAUGAUUGGAAGGUACGUGUUUGGCGAGGUCCCAAACUUCCUAACUAUGAGGAUAGGUUUGAGUUCAGACUCUAUGCCCUCGAUGAUUUCAUGGUCUUCGAUAAUCAGGUAACGAAGACGAAGCUCUUGGAUGCAAUAGCUGGGCAUGUCUUGGAAGAAGCAAUUUUUACUGCUACUUUCUAACCGAUCUGAAUUUGGUGAUAUAAAAAUUCAUCAAAGCAAUGGUCAUAUGUACGUUGAUGCAGCAUUUAUAUAUAAAUAAAUAAAUUAGCUAAACGCGUUUUAUUUUUUA